CCCCUGGUCCUCAUCGGGGGUCUGAUGGCAGGAUGGCGGAGGCAGGGGGACCGGAGUCUGCAGCGGCCCGGUGCCCGGACGAGUCAUCGGACAGCGAACCGGAGCAGGAACCCGGAACCCCGCAGAAACUCAUCCGAAAAGUGUCCACGUCUGGACAAAUCCGCAACAAGACAGUGCUGAAGGAGGGGACUCUGAUGAAACAAACAAACUCGUUCCAGCGUUGGAAGCGUCGUUAUUUCAAAUUGAGAGGGAGGACACUGUACUACGCUCAGACUGCCAAGUCCAUCAUCUUUGACGAAGUGGAUCUGACGGACGCCAGCGUCGCAGAAUCCAGCACCAAGAACGUCAACAACAGCUUCACUGUGAUCGCCCCCUGCAGGCGUCUCAUCCUCUGUGCGGACAACCGGAAAGAGAUGGAGGAGUGGAUGGCAGCACUGCGGAGUGCCCAGAAUAGACACAACUAUGAGUCCACUCAGUACAGCAUGGAUCAUUUCAGUGGAAUGCACAACUGGUACGCCUGUUCCCAUGCGAGACCCACAUACUGUAACGUCUGUAGAGAGGCACUGUCAGGGGUGACAUCACACGGCCUGUCCUGUGAAGUUUGCAAGUUUAAAGCUCAUAAGCGGUGUGCGGUCAGAGCGACCAACAACUGUAAAUGGACAACUCUGGCUUCGAUUGGGAAAGACAUCAUCGAGAAUGAGGAUGGGGUGUCCAUGCCUCACCAGUGGUUGGAGGGGAACCUCCCAGUGUCCGCCAAGUGCAGCAUCUGUGAUAAGACGUGUGGGAGUGUUCUGCGGCUUCAGGACUGGCGGUGUCUGUGGUGUAAGGCCAUGGUGCACUCCGGCUGUAAAGACCAGUUGUCCUCUAAGUGUCCCCUGGGUCAGUGUAAAGUGUCUGUCAUCCCUCCAACGGCGCUCAACAGCAUCGACUCUGAUGGUUUCUGGAAAGCGUCUUGUCCUCCGUCCUGCACCAGUCCUCUGCUGGUGUUUGUAAACUCUAAAAGUGGAGACAAUCAGGGUGUCAAGUUUCUGCGACGCUUCAAACAGCUGCUCAACCCGGCGCAGGUGUUCGACCUGAUGAACGGAGGCCCUCACCUGGGGCUGCGGCUCUUUCAGAAGUUUGAUACAUUCAGGAUCUUGGUGUGUGGAGGGGACGGCAGCGUCGGUUGGGUGCUGUCGGAGAUCGACGCCCUGACACUACACAAACAGUGUCAGCUUGGGGUUCUGCCUCUAGGGACCGGGAAUGAUCUGGCGCGGGUCCUCGGCUGGGGGUCAGCCUGUGAUGAUGACGCUCAGCUGCCUCAGAUCCUGGAGAAGCUGGAGAGAGCCAGCACCAAGAUGUUAGACAGAUGGAGCAUCAUGGUCUAUGAGACCAAGUUCCCACGGCAAUACUCCGCCUCCACGGUCACAGAAGAUUGCAGUGAUGACUCUGAGGUUCAGCAGAUUCUAACAUAUGAGGACUCUGUGGCUGCUCACCUGUCCAAGAUCCUGACCUCAGACCAGCACUCUGUCAUCAUCUCCUCUGCCAAGGUUCUGUGUGAAACCGUGAAGGAUUUUGUGGCUCGUGUUGGUAAGGCGUACGAGAAGAACACGGAGAGCUCAGAGGAGUCGGAGGCCAUGGCCAAGAAGUGCGGUGUCCUGAAGGAAAAACUGGACUCUCUUUUGAAGACUCUGAACGAGGAGUCCCAGGCAACCACUGUCCUCCCCCCAGCCCCUCCCCCUGUCAUAGCUGAGGAGGAGGAGAGAGCUGUAUUUUCUCCCACCCUCCAUCUUCCACCUCCUCAUCAUGCCCCACCCACCUCCACCCCCUGUUCCCCACGCACCAACAGCUCCUCCUCCGCCAUCUUUAAACCUCGAGAGCAAUUGAUGCUACGUGCAAACAGUUUGAAGAAAGCCAUCAGACAGAUCAUAGAGCACACAGAAAAAGCUGUGGACGAGCAGAAUGCGCAGACACAGACACAUGUGUUCGCUCUGACUCGAGCGGAGGAAGACAAUGGUCUUGUGGAGGAGGAAGAGGAGGAGGAGUUGGAGGAUGAUAAGACGUCUCUGCAGUCCUACACUGCCAAACACCGCAGCACACGCAGAGUCAGUAAGACACCCUGUGAGAAGCUGAUUAGUAAAGGCAGCCUGUCAUUGGGCAGCUCUGCAUCACUUCCUGUCCACACAGGAAGUAGGGACAAUAUGCCCAUGCUCAAUACAAAGAUCCUCUAUCCAGGUCUCAGAGCAAGUCUCUCUAAUUCUCUCUCCAGCAGUUCUGUGAUCAGUCGACUGUUGGUUAACGCCGACCCGUUCAGCUGUGACCCUGAGAACAUAGAUUGUUUCACAGAGAAGUGUGUCAUGAACAAUUACUUUGGAAUCGGUCUUGAUGCUAAAAUCUCUCUUGACUUCAACAACAAGAGAGACGAGCACCCGGAGAAGUGCAGGAGUCGCACAAAGAAUAUGAUGUGGUACAGCGUCCUGGGAACCAAAGAGCUGCUGCACAGAACCUACAAGAACCUGGAGCAGAGAGUUUUGCUGGAGUGUGACGGCCGGCCCAUCCCCCUCCCCAGCCUCCAGGGCAUCGCAGUGUUGAACAUCCCCAGUUACGCCGGAGGGACCAACUUUUGGGGUGGAACCAAAGAGGACGAUACAUUCACCGCUCCGUCCUUCGACGAUAAGAUUCUGGAGGUGGUGGCAGUGUUCGGCAGCAUGCAGAUGGCCGUGUCGAGGGUCAUCAACCUGCAACACCACCGCAUAGCUCAGUGUCGGACGGUGAAGAUCACCAUCCUUGGAGAUGAAGGCGUCCCUGUUCAGGUGGACGGCGAGGCAUGGAUCCAGCCUCCGGGUUACAUCAGGAUCAUCCAUAAGAACCGGACCCAGACUCUGACCCGAGACCGAGCGUUUGAGAGCACACUGAAGUCGUGGGAGGACAAACAGAAGUGCGAGUUUCCCCGGACUCCGCCCCCACAGCCCGCUCUUUCCUCCACUCCAGAGGUUGUCUCUGAGGAAGAGGCGUCACUUGUCAGUGAGUUUGGUCAGGCGGCAGGAACGCUCAUACACAGUAUCCGCGAGGUCGCUCAGUCUCACCACAGUAUGGAACAGGAAUUAGCUCAUGCUGUCAACGCCAGCUCAAAGGCCAUGGACGUGGUUUACGCCAACUCCAAUAGCUCUGGGGGUCUGAGCUGUGGUGCGGUCGUCCACAUGGUUGUUAACGUCAAAGCUUUACUCAGCGAGACUGAACUGCUGCUGGCUGGAAAGAUGUCCAUGCAGCUGGAUCCUCCUCAUCAGGACCAGUUGAACUCGGCUCUGAACUCUGUGGCUCAGCAGCUCCGUCGACUGACGGACGUUCCUUGGUUGUGUUCCAUCAUCGACCCAUCAGACCAUGAGGGUCCUCUGAUAGACUUCUCCAAACGUAGUCGCAGCGCCAAGUUCCGUCUUGUCCCAAAGUUCAAGAAAGACAAAAACAACAAGAACAAGGAGACGUGUGCAACUCUGUGUCUACCUGUUCAUCAGUGGGGGACUGAGGAGGUGGGGGCAUGGUUGGAGUUCCUGUGUCUCACAGAGUACAAGGACAUCUUUAUAGGACACGACGUCCGCGGGGCUGAGCUCAUCCACCUGGAGAGGAGGGACCUGAAGGACCUUGGUGUAACUAAGGUCGGUCACAUGAAGAGAAUUCUUCAGGGAAUCAGAGAACUGAACAGGAACAGCAGCGCCAGUGAAGCUUGAUGAUCCAGGAACCGCUCCCUGAUGGCCCCCUACCUGUGCUGCUACUUACCGCCUGAUCUGACCUCUGACCCUGGACCAUGACCAGGAAUGGACCAAAUGUUACAGUGACUCUGAGACCAUGUGACACACCAAGAACCAAUGGGAUAAUUCACCUGUGCCUUGUCUUUUUCACCCACUCAUCCACCCAACCAAUCCACAGACACUCAAAGACCAAGGCAAGUGUGAGUGGAGACAACAUGGCUGACUCAUCAGUGUAGAGUUGCUUCACACUGUAAAAAGGAACGCGUCCCCCUAAAGACGAGACCAUCAGCAAAAAAAAACACGUCCCUAUAAAGACAGGGGCAAGUGUAUUGUCUGUUUCUACCUGUGUGUGUGUGUCUGUGUCAUCAAAUGAUGCGAUGUACUAUGAAGCAGGAUUUGCAGUUAUCCAGACAACUUCAGGUUUUCAAUCCUUGGAUGCUUGUAGACUUCUAAUUGAGGUAAAUCACCAUGGUAACUAAUGCUAAAUCUCCAACCUGCUCUGGAGUAGAUUAAGUUCUACUUAUAAGAUAAAACUUGUAUCACAUGAA